AUGAAGGCGGCCAGUCAGGCUUGCUGCGCUUGGGGCGAUGUCCUGAUGAGGAGCCGAGAGUGUUGCAACGUGCCGGGACCACCUUUCUGCAUCAGCCGCGGCGAGUCCAAGCUGGCGCGGAUGUCUGUAUUCUUUGCCGCUGUCUUCGCUGCAGUGGCUGCGACUGUUUUGCCAAAGUUUCAGAAGUGCUGCGGUCGUCGGCCCGGUUCCGGAUCUUGCGUGGAGUCGUUCUUUGCUCCCAGCCUCUUCCGCACGCCGCCGGCAGUGGAGCCCUGCGCAGUCGGUGAUGUGGGAAGUAUGGAGCGAGGUGGUGUGGAGCCAAACACGGCUCUCAUGAGCGAUCUCAAACAAAUCUGGAGUGGCGAUGGGAGGAAGCAAAGAGGCACAUCUCUUCGCACCCUGCCGAAAGGCGACUUCUGGCGAGAUCAGGCUGCCACAGCCUUCGCAAAGCUGCAGUCGGCUUUCGGAUUCCAGGAGGACUCGGUGAGAUGUCAGUUCGAGCACAUGCUCUCCCUCUGGCGUUCUCAUUGUGCCGUCGUGGCUGACCGCCUGAAGCUGCCUCCGAACGACAGGGUUGGCUGCAGGAGCCUCGAGGAGGAGCUUCUCAAGAAAGGAAUGGAUGAGCUCCACGAGGACUUGCUUCGUGGUCUGCGAUGGUGGCGAGCCACAUUUCAGGAGCAAGGCGUCCAGCUGGGGGUGUCCGCACCAGACGGCUCAGAUGCUUCUCCGCGAUACCAGGGCUCCCUGAGCAUGUCCACUUCCCGGGAGGUGGAGAUGAAGUGGUGCCUUUGCGAGUCUGCAGCAGACCUUGCAGCAUUCGGACCGACGUUGGCGAAGCUAGAGGAAGUGGCGACAUUCCUCUUGAUCUGGGGCGAAGCAGGCAACCUACGCUUUAUGCCAGAGAUGGUCUGCUUCAUCACACAGCUCGCGCUGGAUGCGGAGCCGACACACUGUGAGGAGCAGACUGGCGAGAGUGGAGUUUUCCUGGUGAAGAUCGUGCGCCCCAUUUACAAGGUGAUCUUCGAGGAGCACUACGUCAAGGUUGGCCCAUCGAACCCAACGCCGAAGCAGAAGGAUGAGAAGGUGCUCAAGGAAGGAUACGCCACCUACUUGCCAGCAGAUUGUGCGAACCAUGACGACUGGAAUGAGCUCUUCCAGGAUCCCUGGCGGCUUCAGGCAGCUCUGCCGCGCCUCGGCUGA